AGGGAUCCUCAUGGAACAGAGCGAGAGAGAGAGAGAGGUGAAGGUUUGGCAGCUGGGAGCUGAGCCCAUUCCACUCUGCGUCUGCUGCCCAGCCAAGUACCCAACUCUGGCCUGCCCUUCCCCAUCGCUGCCCCGUGGGAGAGAUCGAUAAUGGCUCAGCUGCUGCCCUUCUGCGUUGCCCUGUUCUUCAGGACGUGUUUGGCCGAGCUGCAGAGGGACGAGGCAGAGAAGACGGAGCCGGUGGAGGCGUCAAGGCGCCUCCUGCCGCCUUGGCUGCAGGGCCUCGUCGCGGUCAUUGGGUUCCUCUUCCUCGUCUUCGUCAUCUUCAUCGUCAACAAAGUGUGGUGCGCAGCCGAGGGGGAAGAUGUGUACGCGGACGUGGCGGCAGAUCUGGCGGUGGGCGUGGCGGUGGAGGUGACGGCACGCCGGCACGCUGAGCAAAACAGCACCAGCAACGACGUCGGGCAGCACAAGGCUUUUGAGAACGCGACGCUGGAGAACGAGGAGGAAAACGUCGGACCAGCGGAGACUGCCAGCACGGCUUUCUAAAGACUCAACACGCACCACGUGCACACGCGCACGUGCAUUGCAUUGUUUAAACUUGCAGAUGCACAGUGAGGGAAAAAAGUAUUUGAUCCCCUGCUGAUUUUGUACGUUUGCCCACUGACAAAGAAUUGAUCAGUCUAUAAUUUUAAUGGUAGGUUUAUUGAACAGUGAGAGACAGAAUAGCAAC